UGUAGAUCUCCCUCGUCUUCCCUUUCCCGGAAACCAAGGAGACACUCUCUCCUACCGAAGCGUAACUCAACAGUUCGAUUCUCUUUCUAUCUCCCUCUGUUUCUCUCUCAACUAACUUCCCGCCAACCAAAAAAGAUAAUAGGGGGAAGAGAGAAUUCCGUUACUGUCAGGCGCCUUUCUGUCUUCUCUCCCUCCCUCUCUCUCUCUCUCUCUCUCUCUUUGCAGUUUUUUUGCUUUUUCCUCUUUUUGUUUAAACCGCCUUACCAGUGGCGUGACUCAAUUAAAUAGACUCCAUUGACCUCGACUCUGUUUCUUUAUAUAUACCAACAAAUCAAGUUUCGUCAUACCAACUUCUUUCUCCUUUCUUUCGACUCCCAAAGCAGAGGACGAUGAAGUUCAAGUUCCUCUGUACCAUAUUGUUUGUUAUCCUCAUAAAUUCUAUUUGUAUUAAUUUUUCCGAGGCAGCACCUGAGCAUUCUCUCAUUACCCAUGUUCCUGGUUUUGAUGGAACUCUACCAUCGAAGCAUUACGGAGGGUACAUAACGCUUGAUGAGAAGACUGGAAAGAGCCUCUACUAUUACUUUGUGACAUCAGAGAGCAACCCAUCAAAAGAUCCUGUUGUUCUGUGGCUGAAUGGUGGCCCUGGCUGUUCCAGCUUCGACGGAUUCGUAUAUGAACAUGGUCCGUUCAAUUUUCGACUGCCAAAGAGUGAUAAGAGCUUACCAGAACUUCAGGUCAAUCCCUACAGUUGGUCAAAGGUCUCUAAUGUCCUCUACUUGGACUCACCAGCCGGGGUUGGCUUUUCCUAUUCUAAUAGCUCAAGUGAUUACACUACUGGGGAUCUUCAAACUGCUUCUGAUACACACCAGUUUCUCUUGAAGUGGUUUGCAGAAUAUCCAGAGUUCCAGGAGAACCCCUUUUUUAUUGCUGGCGAGUCUUACGCAGGGAUUUAUGUUCCUACACUUUCCCAUGAAGUUGCUGAUGGAAUUCAAUCUGGGGUGAAACCGGUUAUAAACUUCAAGGGUUACUUGAUUGGUAAUGGAGUUACUGAUCCAGUCUUUGAUGGAAAUGCUCUUGUACCAUUUGCCCAUGGGAUGGGUUUGAUACCAGAUACUCUAUUUGAGGAAGCUAAGAAUUAUUGCAAGGGGACCUACUGGGACACUGGCAAUGGUGAUGCAGAUUGCUCAACUGCCCUGGACAAAAUCAAUGAGGACAUAAAUUCUCUGAACAUAUACGAUAUUCUUGAGCCAUGCUACCACAAACCACAUGCUGCAACAGGCAGCCACCAGAAUAGACUGCCACCAAGCUUCCGCCGGUUGGGAGAGACAGAAAAGCCUUUGGCAGUCAGAAAGAGAAUGUUUGGACGUUCUUGGCCCCUUCGAGCUCCUGUUAGAGAAGGGAUUGUCCCAACCUGGCCAGAGUUGAAUCAGAUGUUUUUAUCCGUCCCAUGCACUGACGACCAAGUUGCAACUGCUUGGCUGAACGAUGAAACAGUGAGAAGUGCAAUUCAUGCUGCACCGAUUGGUAUAAGUGGACAAUGGGACUUGUGCACAGAUCGCAUAACGUUCACCCAUAAUGCAGGAAGCAUGAUCCCUUAUCAUAGAAAUCUGACAACUAAAGGAUAUCGUGCUCUUAUUUACAGUGGAGAUCACGACAUGUGUGUACCAUUCACUGGUACUGAAGCAUGGACGAGAUCACUUGGAUAUAAGAUAGUGGAUGAGUGGCGAGCAUGGAUAGUAGGCAGAGAUGUUGCUGGGUAUACUCAAGGUUAUGGUAAUAAUCUCACAUUUCUCACCAUCAAGGGUGCAGGACACACAGUUCCGGAGUACAAGCCCAAGGAAUCUUUGGAGUUCUAUAGCCGCUGGCUGUCGGGACAAAAGCCCUGAUACUGAUGCCAAAAUGAAAAGAUCAACGAAACGUUGCCGUAUUCUUACUUCUAUUCCAAAGGAAAAAAAUAAAUUAAAUAUCUCAUUUUUUUAUGUUUUAAAUAUAUUGAAGAAAAUGGAAAACUACCAUUGAGAAAAGCCUUGUAAUUUCUCCAUCUGCUCUCCUGCAAAACAAGCAAAAUUAAAAAUUAUGUUUCA